UAUCCUUAACCUUACUUUAAUUACUGUCAAAACUAAAACAAUAUAUUCAAAAGGAACCAAACUACAUUAAAUAUAUUCAAAAUGAUGCAACAAUACAUGAAAGAAUUGGAACAGGAUCCCUUUGAUGCAGAAGAAUUUGUAGAACGUUUAGCUUACAGAACUAUUGCAGAGACGAAAAAGGCAGAAGAUGAUGAUUUUAAUCCUUCUUUAUUACACGAUGCUUUUAUACAGACAAUUAAAGAUUUAACACUCCUACAAGAGAGACAACAAAAGAAAUGUGAAAGACUAGAAGCAGCUGUUAGAGAAGAUCAGUUAGUUUUUUGUCAAGAGAUUCAGACUCUUCAGGAUAAAAAUAAGAAUAGCGUUCAAGCAUUUCAAGAACUUGAUGGUAAAAUUAAUAAUGUGGCAACGAAAGUACUUCACCUAGGGGAUCAAUUAGAUAAUGUUAAUGGUCCAAGAGCUCGUGUUGUUGAAGCCCAGAGACUCAUAACACAUCUUAACGAUUUUUUAAUGCCUGGACCUUUAAAUUCAUCACUUUUCACUGAUCCUUUUAGGAUUGAAGAAGCUGCUGAUAUAAUUCAAAAACUACACUUAAUUGCACAAGACUUGCCUGUUUCAAAAUUUGAAGAAACUAGAAAGAAGAUAGAAUCAACAUAUGAUGAUAUUGAACGCAAACUGUUUGCUGAAUUUUGUUCUGCACAAAGAAAAGACGAUUUUGAAGGCAUGAAAAAGAUUGCCAGUGUUUUGUCUCAAUUUAGGGGAUAUGUUCAAUGCAUAAAUGCAUAUAUUGAACAUAGUCAAGCAGGAUGUUUAUUGAAUAAAGAUGUUUUUGGAAAUUUGUUGCCCUUGUGUAAGAUGAACUAUACUAUAAUUAAAGAAGUUUUUGAAAAUCCAGGUCAAGUAAUGACAAAGUUUGUCAUAAAUUUAUACAAUCCAAAGUUGGAGGAAUAUAUUGCUGGUAGAUUGUCUCAAAAGAUGGACACAAACAAUUAUCUGAAAACACUUUAUGAUUUAUAUUCAAAGACAAAUCAGCUUUCUGAUGACUUAGCAUCAUUAAAUAUGGGAAUAGAUAAAAAUUUUCUUACGAAAUUAACUGGCAAUAUUUUUCAAAAAUAUAUAGGCAAUUAUAUAGGGUAAUGAGUUUACAAUUACGUUUUUCCGCUGUUUAUGGUUCUUUUAUUUANAGUAUAUUAUAUUUCUUCAUACAGGUUUCAAGAACUUCGAAGAGACAUACAAGCGGUUAUUGGCACCAGGGCAAACAUAAACAUUGUACAAAUUGAAGAUUACGGAGGGGAAACGUUUUUAUCGGAAGAAUUGGCAAUUACUAUUCUACAAGACACGAAAAACGCUUUACAAAGAUGCAAUCUUUUAUCACGUCCAGAGGAACGAGCGGCUAAUGCCUCACAAAUAGUCGAUUGCCUUCUGCUAUCACUACUAACAGAACAUAUUGAAUAUGCUCUUGAACUCGGUUUACAAGCCAUUCCAGUAACAGAAGGAUCAAAAACACCCCCAACAAUUCAUUUUUUUAGCGUUGUUAAUAAAGCCAAUAUCAUCAUUCACCUGUUGGAAAAGCAAUUCACGGAUCUCGCUUUACCACUCGUUAUAAAUACUCCUAAACUUAAUGACUGUCUUCAUAAAAAAAAGAUUAUUAUGGAAGAUAUUGAGAGAAGAAUUAAUACUGGCUUAGAGAGAUCCUUUAAUGCUAUUAUUACUUGGGUAAAAUUAUAUUUACAAGCAGAACAGAAAAAGACUGAUUAUAAGCCUGAAUCUGAAGACAUAGACACUGUAGCUUCACCUGCUUGUAAAGCAGUUGUUCAGUAUAUAAAUAGUGUAAUAACACUAAUUAAAAAGAAUUUAGAUGGUAAAAACGUGGAUGUAAUACUUCAAGAAUUAGGAAUCAGACUGCAUAAAGUAAUAUAUGAUCACAUGUUACAGUUUCAGUAUAGCACAAUAGGAGCAAUGAUUGCAAUAUGUGACUUAAAUGAAUACAGACAAUCCACAAAGUCCAUGGGGGAGUUGGUUUCAAAACUUUUUGAUACUCUGCAUGCUCUUUGUAAUCUCUUACUUGUCAAACCUGAAAAUCUUCAGCAAGUUUGUUCAGAAGAUUCCUUGGUCGACUUGGACAGGUCUGUGGUAAACAACUUCGUACAAUUAAGAAGCGACUUUAAGGUACAAAGGCAAAACAUUUUAAGGUCUUGAUUUUAAACAAAUUAUUGAUUCUAUUUUCAUAUAAUGGAGUAUUAAUAUUUAUCCAUCUUAAUUACUUGUAUGUUAUUAAUUUAUGUUAUAAUUAAAUAUACCCACCUACAGAAUUGAAA